GGCUUCCGGGUUCUUCCUUUGGCAAGAUGGCGGCGGCGGCGGAGAGUGGCGGCGCGCGGCGCUCGAAAAAGGAGGCCGGUUCCGGCUUCCUGGGGCUGCGGCCCACUUCGGUGGACCCGGCGCUGAGGCGACGACGGCGAGGCCCAAGGAAUAAGAAGCGGGGCUGGCGGAGACUCGCUCAGGAGCCGCUGGGACUGGAAGUGGACCAGUACCUGGAGGACGUGCGGCUCCAGGAGCGCACAAGCGGCGGUUUGGUGUCUGAGGCCCCUGAUGAAAAGCUCUUUUUCCUGGACACUGGCCCUCAGAAAAAAGAGCCCUUGAAGAAUAGGGUGAAAAGCCGGAAGUCACUUCUGAAGAAGCCCCUCCGGGCUGACCUCAUCCUCGAGAACACAUCCAAGAUCCCAGCCCCCAAAGAUGUCCUCGCCCAUCAGGUCCCCAACGCUAGGAGGCUGCGGCGGAAGGAAGAGCUCUGGGCACGGCUGGCACAGCAGGGUCAGCUGCCAGGAGAUGUGCGCAGGGCCCAGGCCCGGCUCUGCCGCCCGCCUGCGCCCCAAGCUGAGACUUCACCCCAGGAAGUGGCCCAGCGGCCCUUCUAUGACCUCUGGGCCCAGGACAACCCCUUGGACCAGCCCUUGGUAGGGCAGGACCCUUUCUUCCUGGAACAGACGAAGAAGAAAGCAGUGAAGCGGCCUCCACGUCUGCAUGUCAAGCCAUCGGCAGCCCCUGCAGUAGAGGUGACCCCAGCUGGAGCCUCCUACAAUCCCACCUUUGAGGACCACCAGAGUCUGCUCUUGGCUGCGCAUGAGGUGGAGCUGCAGCGACAGAAGGAGACAGAGAAGGUGGAGCGGCAGCUGGCCCUGCCCCCCGCCGAGCAGGCGGCCACCCCGGAAACGACCUUCCAGGAGAUGUGCCAGGGCCUCCUGGAGGAGUCAGACGGGGAGGCCGAGCCCAAGGGCCCCCUGCAGGAGCCAGGGGAACCUUCAGAUGGAGGGGCUGAGACUGCACCCAUUCGCUCGGCCCCCGGUGAGAGGAAGACUGAGCAGCAGCGGCGGCGGGAGAAGGCAGCCCGAAUCCUGCGGAGGCAGCAGGCGGCGGUGCGGGCAGCCCGGCUGCGGCACCAGGAGCUGUUCCGGCUGCGCGGGAUCCGGGCCGCUGUGGCGCAAUGGCUGGUGGAGCGGGCUCGGCGGCGGGAGCUUCGGAAACAGCGACGUCUGGCCCUGGACAACCAGCCCCGGAGGCUGGGGCGGCUUAAGUACCAGGCCCCCGACAUCGACGUGCAGCUGAGCUCAGAGUUAUGCGACUCGUUGCGGACCCUCAAGCCCGAGGGCAAUAUUCUGCGGGACCGAUUCAAGAGCUUCCAGCGGAGGAAUAUGAUCGAGCCACGGGAAAGGGCCAAGUUCAAGCGCAAGUACAAGGUGAAGCUAGUGGAGAAACGGGCCUACCGCGAGAUCCAGUUGUAGCUGCUGACGGCGCUGGAAACCCCUGCACCCCAAUAAAGCAUUUUUCCAUCA